AUGGCUGACAAUCCUGACAUCGUCUGCUCAAAAAAGAAUAGGAAAGCAAGAAGCACCAAUUUCUCAUUAACAGAGAUAGAAAUUAUCAAAAAUCAGGUGAAACUCCAUCCUAUUCUGGAGGCAAAACAUAGUAAUACUGUUACUAAUGCUAAGAAGCAAGCCAUUUGGCUUGAAAUUGUUAGAAAAGUCAAUGCUGUGGGGGUGGCAAAAAGGAGUUUGACAGAAGUCAAAGAUAAAUGGCGCAAUAUGUGUCGGGAAGCAAAAUUGAAAUUUACGGAAAACAGGAGACAAAUGACAAAAACAGGAGGAGGGCCUCCACCUACCCCUCUUUCCCAAACAAUGCAGGAUGUGGUGGACAUGUACAGGGAUGCCAGUUCCUUCCACGGGAUUGAAGGGGGCAUUGAAACUUCAAUGCCUGGAUGUUCUGUAUUAUCCUCUAUGGCAGCAUCUCCCACUCAGACUGUAACUAAGGAUCAACAUGAUAUGGACAUAUGGCAAGAUGCUUGUGAGGACCUUCCUGUGCCCUCCCAAUCCCCUAUCUCAGCAAGUCAAGCCUUCAUUGUCAUGGAGACGCCCUUAGAGGAACCCCUUUCCCCACCUAGUCCACCAAAACAACCAAGUUCAUCAUUGCCUGGCUGUAGUAGAGACACAAGGCAGUAUCCAUAUCAAGGAAAGGAGAAGUAA